CUGCGGGGGGCGGAGGAGGGCAGCGAGGACGGGGACGGCGGCCGACGUCCCCUCUACGUGCAGCCCAGCAUCGUCCCUCAGAAGCAGUGGGUGUACGUCAAGCAGGAGUGGCUGCAGGAGGACCUGGUCCUCACCUGCGAGGAGGACGAGGACCCGGUGGAAGGACCCGCCCGAUUUCCCUUCCCCUUACGAAGGUUUAGAAGAUGGUGGUGGCCCCGGUUCGACCUGGUCCUCACCUGCGAGGAGGACGAGGACCCGGUGGAAGGACCCGCCCGUGGGACCGAGGGACCUUCCCGCGGUGUCACCUCCAUCCCCCCCCGUCCCACCGCCCCCAAACUGGAGGAACAAGUGAACUUCUGCGAGUCCUCCGAGGAUUUCCCUUCCCCUUACGAAGGUUUAGAAGAUGGUGGUGGCCCCGGUUCCUUCCCACCACGUUCUCUCCUCCCUAUGGACAUGCAAGGGAACCAGAUCUUGGUUUUCCCACCUCAAAGCGCGGUGGAACACGGCGCCGUCCAGCUCCCGGCGGCGGCGGCCGACGGCAACAAGAUCUUCAUGUGUCACUGCGGGAAAGCCUUCUCCCACAAGAGCAUGAGGGACCGGCACGUCAACAUGCACCUCAACCUGCGGCCCUUCGACUGCCCCGUCUGCAACAAGAAGUUCAAGAUGAAGCACCACCUGACCGAGCACAUGAAGACCCACACGGGCCUCAAGCCCUACCAGUGCGACCUCUGCGCCAAGAAGUUCAUGUGGCGCGACAGCUUCAUGCGCCACAAAGGUCACUGCGAGCGGCGGCACCGCCUGGUCGGGGUCCUGCCCGUCCCGCCCGGGCUGCCCACCCUGGCCAAGAAGGA